AUACCUCCGGAAAUCACGUGUGCAGAUUUCAGCCUCAAUUCACCUGCGCGAGCAAGCGAUUGGACUUCUGAUGCUGCGCGAGACUGGCGAAAGAACAGCGAACACGAAACAGUAGAAGUCUGGGCGGAAAAGUUAUUUUUAUACUCGCACUGGUUACUAAAUUGUGGCUUAAAAGGCAGAGGGAUGGAUUUUAGGACGUUCUGGUUCUGUUUAAUCAAUAUAAUUCUUCUCACAGGUUCAUCCUGUGGGCUCCAGAUCACCUCCACUGGUUCUACAUCGAUUGAGAAAGCCAGCGGGGAGAGUGUGAAGUUGGACUGUGAGUUUACUCUCGCUGCUGUUGAUUCGGGCCCUCUGGACAUUGAGUGGAGCCUGCAGCCCUCUGACAACCAGAAAGAAGAGCAAGUGGUAAUCGUGUACUCAGGUGACAGGGCCUUUGAACACUACUAUGACCCUCUUAAAGGGAGAGUCCACUUCAACUCUCCUGACCCUAAAAAUGGUGAUGCCUCUAUGAACAUAAUGGGACUGAAGGCCACAGACACGGGCACCUAUCAGUGUAAGGUGAAGAAGGUUCCUGGCAUCGCCAGCAGGAAGUUCCUUCUUACUGUCAUGGUGCGCCCCUCUAAACCCAGAUGUUAUGUGGAGGGUCCAACUCAGGUGGGAAAGGAUAUGGUGUUGAGAUGUAGCUCUGUAGAGGGCACACAACCUCUAAAGUACAUCUGGGAGAAAACCACUGGCAACAAACUACUGCCAGCCAUGGCAGUGCUUGAUCCAGUUGGGGGCACAAUGAGUCUAAGGAACGCCACCGAGGCUACUUCUGGAACAUAUCGUUGCAUGGCUCAAAACAGAGUUGGAACAGAGGAGUGUAUGGUGGAGGUCAAUGUCACACCACCCCCAAACACUGCAGGUAUCAUUGCUGCCGCAGUGAUCUGUGUUCUGCUGGCUCUCAUACUCAUCGCCCUCAUCCUCUUCUGCUGCUGCCGUGCCCGCCACAAGAAGAAGUACGAGAAGGAGAUCGCCUAUGAGAUCAGAGAGGAUGUCCCCCCUCCAAAGAGCCGUGUGUCUACUGCACGCAGCUUCACCAGUGUGGGUAGCCAACGCUCUUCUCUGGGCUCCAUGUCUCCCUCCAACCUGCACGAGUACGUCAAGCCUCAGUACGACAAGAUACCCUCUGACGAAUACGAGAGGCCCCCUAGCCACGCCCCUGUUCCCCUGCCCAGCAGAAUGGCAGGCCCCAACCUUAGUCGCAUGGGUGCCAUCCCUGUCAUGAUCCCUGCCCAGAACAGGGAUGGGUCAAUUGUGUAGAGCUGAACUGGGAUCAGUCUCCGCACUGCCAUUUUGACUCACUAUUCUAUUAAUUGUUCUUCGGGAAUUUGUGAAGAAGCAAAUGAAGGGUCUCUACAGGCUUUGAGAUAUCUGUGGCAUCUGUGAUAUAAUACGAUUUGACUUUCAGAACUUUGCCAAACAUUUUUCAACAGGAUGUGGGAAAAUGAAUGUUUUAUCUGCUCCUGUUUUGUAAAUAAUGCAAUGCAUGUUUUAUUUUUUGUUUUUUUAAGACCGGAGGCCCAAUCUAAAAUGAGGUGGCUGUAAUGUACUAAGGCAGUUGAAUUGUUUGCCUAUGAAAAAUUCUCCAGAAAUUAAAUGAAACUAAUAGCAAUCAAAAUCACACUAAAUGAAAUGUACAGUAUGUACAGUAGUACAACCCAUAGUUCACUAUUUUAGAUGACAACUCCCAUGCUUUUAUGUAAUAUCUUUUUUUUUUUUUUUUUUUUUAUCAGUUUGAAACCUUUUUGGGGUGACAAAUCCAUUUAUUUAUGACUAUUAUCUCUUUGUUAUGCUGCAAAAGUCUGGCAAAGAUUUGCUCAAAGUUCUGCAAAAAGGAUGUGGGUUGGCUUAGAUUAUGCAUGAGAUUUUAAAAUAACAGGAUCUGGAUUUUAAGAUUAUUUACAUGUGAUGUGUAUAUAUAUGAAUGUGUACUUUCUGGAAAUUGAUUUAUCUGAAAAAGAGCUAAUACUGUGAUUAUUAACCUGCUUUUCUUUUUAUUGACCGUUUGGCCAUUUUAAACCUCCUCCGGUGUGCGUCAGAGUGAUUAGUGUACAAAUAACUGAUUGGCUGUUUAUUUGCGCUUAGAUUGUUUUAUGACCCCAAACUACCCUUUGUUUGGUUAGGUGGUAAAAUAAGGUUCACUGAGCAAUCAGACUUGGGCAAAUUUGAAGGCCAACUGAACCAUAGCCCCCCAUGCCAGAAAGCCGAAAAGCACAGAUGUGUCUCAUUAAGGAGAGGCGCAGAAUUUAACAAAAGAUCAUAAUCCUAAACCUGUAUUUGGUUUGGCCAUCAACUCAAAAGAUGGCCGUCUUAAAAGAUGAAGCUUUGUAAUCUAAUUGUCGGUUUGAAGUGUUGGUUUGCAGUUUAUCUGUUAGAUGAAGGACAUGCAACAUACUGAAGGGUUGGUUAAUAUCUUACUAAUUUAAACAACUAGGAGGUCAAUUUAAACUGAAGCUCAUCCAUAAAUGUAUAAUAGACUGUUUUGAAUAUGAUCAAUAGUGUAUUAAUUAGGUUUAGUUUGAGUUGAAUUUGAUAAUUUCUGACGUAAUUAACCACAGUCAGUCACCAUAUUCACCACAGUGACCAUUAUACGACCCACCUGUCAAGAAGAAACAUUACUGAUCUUUUUUGUUAAUGUUCUCAUGGUGUGGAUUAUAUUUUGCCAUGUGCAGAGCCACCCCAAUAUUCAAUAUAUGUGCCUUUUUUAACUUUGGGUGAAAUGAAUUGGUAGUACACAAUGAGUGGGUCCACAUCAGUAGUGCAAGUUUAAUAGAUGACCAGGUAAAAAUUACAAUUGACAAAUGCAUUACUAAUUACAUUACAAUUACAAAGUUAUCAUCAGUUAAAGCAUAUUUGAUUAGUGACAAGUUGUAAUAAUUGGAUAUGAACAAUUGGACAUUUUUUGUUUGCAAAACCUGGCAACAAAUAUUCCUCAAAAAUGUUAUUAAUAGAUAUAUAAUGAAUAAUUUUAACCUCAAAGAUGCAGGUUCUGUCCCGUUUUUAAUACUUGUGGGAGAGUGUGUGUAUGCUCACAUCUGUUCACUGUCUCUAUAAAUACUGUUCAUUCAUUCUGUUGUACACAAAUAGCAGCCUGAUAUGCUUUUUGUCUGACCAGGGUUCUUGUUGAAUGUGUAAAUAUAUUAACUGUAAUUUUAAGUGUGAUUCAUUGAUUGAUUGAUUGCAUGUGUCUUUACAGCUGUAAUGUGUAAUACUGUCUGUUUGUGCUUGUAGAACUCUAAGGCUGUGAAUGUGGUGAAGGAUGAGAUAAUGGUCAGUCAAAUCAUUCACACUCUGGAUAAGGUAUUAUUAACAUAUUAUACAUAUGCUGGUGCACCUAUGUUGUCAUAACCUGAAAUGUUAUGGAAAUGUUUUUCAUGGGCUUUUAUUUCUUAAGACUCUAAGAAUAGGGGUGCUGUUACAGGAUCAGUUCAGCUUGUUUGAACAUUGUGACUAAUGUCAGAACAAAUGUGGAAAUCUGAUCCUUGAUCAGCAAACCUUUACUGCUUGCAGUGUAAAUCUAUUUCCUUGAACUGAAUGAUCUGUUUUUUGUUUGGAUAAGGCCCAUUGGUAUUUCAUUACAUAGGUUAGGCUGAUUAUCUGUACAGUGCCAUUUAAAGAUAUAGUGAAAAACUCUCUUUACUAAUUAGAAACAACCAAUGAUAUAAACUGUAGCUGUUAUGUUUUAAGUUGUGUACUAAUAUUACAUAACCUUUUUUCCUAAUAUUUGGUUUGCACAAUAUGUAAAAACUGUAUUUUCUUUAUUUUUGUGUUUUUUGUGAUUGUAUUUUUUAAAUAAAAGGAAAACUACCAUUCUA